AUGACCGCCACACACCUGUGCAGUGAGAUGCAGUAUCGCGAGGAAGCACUCGGAGAUCUGUGUGUGAAUCUGUAUUCUCUGAUGCCCGACACGCGUGACACGGAGUUUGCUAGAGAGAUGACGGAGCUGCAGAGUGAGGUCAGGUACCGAGCCGAUGGGAGGAAGAAGCUGUCCUCUAGUCUGUUCUCUCAGCUGCCCGACACGAUGGACACGCAACACGCCAAACACAUGACGGACCUGCAGAGCCACAAUAAAUACAAGGAAGCUGAUAGAAAAGACGCUUCCACGUGUCUCUACACACACCUGGAAGAAACACUGGAGACAAAACAUGCUAAAGAGGCGUACCAGCUACAGAGCCAGGUGAUGUAUAAGGACAGACAGACGUCAGACUCUCUCUUCUCUACGCUGCCCGAGACGCCGGAGAUGCAGUUCGCCAGAGAGAUCACAGAGACCAUCAGUGAGAAUAAGUACCGCGAGCAGAGCCGGAAGAGCAUCAGCUGCUGCGUUUACUCUCAGCUUCCUGAAACCGCAGAGACUCAAUUCAGCAGGAGCAUCUCUGAGCUGCAGAGUCAGGUGAAGUAUAAGGCUGACGCUCAGCACCAGAUGAGCAGAUCUCUGUACCAUCAGCUCGCAGAAACUCCAGAAACUCGACACGCUCGAGACGCCGCUCAGAUCCAGAGCCAGCUGCAGUACCAGCAGGGCCGGGCGUCAGUGACGGGCAGUAAUCUGUUCUCCCUGAUGCCAGAGACGCCGCAGAAUGAGUUCGUGAAGCAGCAGAUGGAGCUGCAGAGUGAGCUGAAGUAUAAAGCUGACCUGAAGGAAAACUCCAGGAAUCUGUACUCACUGAUGCCGGAGACGCUGGAGACGCAGUUCAGCAAACACACCGCAGACUUACAGAGCAACGUGAAGUAUAAGGCUGAUGCUCAGCACCAGAUGAGCAGAUCUCUGUACCAUCAGCUCGCAGAAACUCCAGAAACUCGACACGCUCGAGACGCCGCUCAGAUCCAGAGCCAGGUGGCGUAUAAAGGCAUCAGGAAGGGCGAUUUCUCUGGCUCCUCGUUCACUGCGGUUCCAGACUCGGCAGAGAUGAAGUGUGUCCAGCAGAUCUCACACACACUCAGUGAGAGCGAGUACCGUGAGGAGGGCAGGAGGAGCCUCUCGUCCAGCGUUUACUCUCAGCUGUCCGAGACUCCAGAGACGCAGUUCGUCAGAUCCGUGUCGGAUCUGCAGAGCGAGGUGAAAUAUAAGCAGCCGGUGACCGGCUCGCUGUACGCCACCCUGCCCGAGACGCUGGACACGCAACACGCUAAACACGCCACUGACAUCAUCAGUGAGGUGAAGUACCGAGAGGACGGCAGAGGGAGUUUAUCGAGCCCGCUCUUCACUCGCCUGCCGCAGACACUGCAGACGCAGACGGCUCGAGACAUCGCAGACGCGCAGAGCCAGGUCAGAUAUAAGCAGAAGGACGAUCAGGCCAGUCUGUAUUCACUCCUGCCUCAGACCGCAGACACACUGUUCGCCAGUCACAUGACCGACAUCCAGAGCCAGCUUCAGUACAAGCAUGACGGGAAGAAGGAGUCCGAGAGUAACUUAUACAGCCUGAUGCCACACACAAUGGAGACCGAACACGCUAAACACGCCUGCCAGCUGCAGAGUCACGUGAAAUAUAAAGAGCAGAGCCGAACGGAUGGGUGUCUUUACGCUCUUCUGCCCGAGACUCGAGACACGCAACACGCUAAGCACGCGUCAGAGCUGCGCAGUGAGCUGAAGUACAGAGAGGACGGGAAGAAGGAUCAGGCCUCAUCGCUGUUCUCUCAGAUGAUCAACACUGCAGAGACUCAACGGCUCCGAGAGAUCAGCGCACUGCAGAGUCAGGUUCAGUAUAAGACUGAAGGACAGAAGCUCAGGAGCUCCAGUCUUUAUUCUCAGAUGCCAGAGACUCCAGAGACGCAGUUCGUGAAGACGGUCACUGAACUCCAGAGCGACGUGAAGUAUAAGGCUGACGCUCAGCACCAGAUGAGCAGAUCUCUGUACCAUCAGCUCGCAGAAACUCCAGAAACUCGACACGCUCGAGACGCCGCUCAGAUCCAGAGCCAGCUGAAGUAUAAGGAGAAGGAGAACUCGUCGUCUCUUUACUCUCUCCUGCCGGAGACUCCAGAGACGCGGGCGGCCAGACAGCAGACGCAGGCCUGCAGCGAGGUCAGAUAUAAAGAGGACGGGAAGAGGGAGGGAUCGUCGUCUCUGUACUCACUGAUGCCCGAGACUCUGGAGACACAGUUCGCCAAACAGCAGAGUGAACUACAGAGCCAGAAUCAGUACCGCAGAGAGACUCAGGAGGAUCUGUCUCAGUGUGUGUACUCUCAGCUGCCCGAGACGCUGCACACACAGUUUGUGAAGGAGCUGACGCCGCUCAUCAGUGAGAGCAAAUACAGGGAGUCGGCUCAGAAGGAGAGCAGCUCGUCUCUGUAUCACACACUCCCUGAAACCAAAGACACGCAACACGCCAGAGACGCCACCGAGAUCCAGAGCGAGGUCCGAUAUAAAGAAGGGAAGAAGCUCCAGUCGUCCAGCGUUUACUCUCAGCUCCCGCAGACGCCACAGACACAGUUCGCUGCUAAAGUCUCAGAGCUGCAGAGCGAAAACCGAUACCGAGAGGAGGGCCGGAGGAGCGCCUGCAUCUGCCUUUACUCUCAGCUGCCCGAGACCACACACACACAGCUCGUGCGCACGCUGACCGACCUGCAGAGCCAGAGUAAGUAUAAAGAGGCCGGGAGGAAGCAGGCGUCCAGCGCUCUGUAUUCACUGCUGCCCGAGACUCUGGAGACACAACACGCCAGAGACGCCACCGACCUCCUGAGUCAGAGGAAAUACAAGGAGGAGGCCAAGAAAGAUGCUUCUGUGAGUCUGUACUCUCUUCUGCCUGAGACGACUGAGACUAAACACGCCAGACACGCCUCUGAACUGCUGAGCGAGCAUAAGUACAAGCGGAGCUGCAAACAGGAGAACUCCAGCAGUUUUUACUCUCAGCUGCCGCAAACACAGGAGACGCAGCUCGCCAAACAGAUGGCGGAUCUCCAGAGUGACAAUCAGUACCGCAGAGAGACUCAGGAGGAUCUGUCUCAGUGUGUGUACUCUCAGCUGCCCGAGACGCUGCACACACAGUUUGUGAAGGAGCUGACGCCGCUCAUCAGUGAGAACAAAUAUAAGGCGGAUGGAAAAAAGGAGAUGCAGAACUGCCUUUACUCCCGUCUACCUCAAACCAGUGAGACACAACACGCCCGCGAGCUCACACAGCUCUACAGUCAGAAGAGCUAUAAGGACUCGGGUAAACCGGACGCUCAGGUGUGUCUCUAUGCUCAGAUGCCGCAGACCAUCGAGACGCUGUUCGCUAAAGAAGUGUCCAAACAGCAGAGUGACAAACUCUAUAAAGAGAAGUUUAACUCAGAGAAAGGCAAGUCAAACUACACACAGAUGAAGGAUCUUCCCGACGUCACACACGCGAUACAGGUCAACAAACACCAGAGCGAGGUUGAGUAUCGCAGAGGGAAAGAGGAACUUCAUAAAUACAGUGAUGUGACUGACAGACCCGACAUCCUGAACGCUGCUCAUGCCAGCAAACUCGCCAGUGACGUGGCCUACAGGAGUAAAGCGCAGGCGUUUGACCAGCGAGAGCUUCUGCAGCGACCCGACAUACAACACGCCAAACACGCCACACAGCUGGCCAGUCAGGUGAACUACAAGAAAGAUCAGAGAGGACAGAAGCCACAGUACAACCCGAGCGAGUGUGUGAGCUUCAGACACACACAGACCGCAGGGGCACUCGCCAGUCAGGUGAAGUACUCUCAGAAGAAGCUGGAGGCCGUCACUGAUCUCCCGAACCUGCUUCAUCUGGGUCACGCGCUUCACGCCAGCAAACUCCAGAGCAACGUGGAGUACAGGAAGAAGUAUGAGGCGUCUAAGGGGCGGAGCCUCGUCACCCUGGAUACGGCAGAACAGCGCCACCAUCAGGAGAACGCAGCGCUGCACAGUCAGGUGAAAUAUAAAGAGGAGUACGAGAAGCAGCGAGGGAAGUCCCAGAUGGAGUUUGUGGACACGCAGACCUAUAAAGUGUCGAAGGAAGCGCAGCGGAUCCAGAGCGAGAAGGAGUAUCGUAAGGAGUACGAGAGCGAGAUCAGAGGGAAGGCUCUGCUGGAGGCCGAUCUGACGCCGGUGUUCCUGGCGGCCCGUAACGCCAGCAGCCUCAUGAGCGAGAAGGAAUAUCGUAAGGAUCUGGAACAGGAAGUGAAAGGGAAAAGCCUGACGGGUCUGGAGGAAACGCCGGAUCUGGUGCGGGUGAAAAACGCUGGACACAUUCUCAGUGAGAAGGAAUAUCGCAAGGAUCUGGAGCGCGAGAUCCGAGGGAAGAGAUCCGACGUCACAUCAGACAGUCUGGAGAUGCAGAGGGCGAAGAAGGCGUCUGAGAUCAGCAGCGACGUGAGCUACAGGCAGGCGUCUCAGCCGGGAGGAUCCUCAUACGCGACAGUGACGGACACACCUGCACUUCUGCACGCCGCUUACCUGAGAGACGUCUACAGCCAGAAGAAGUACCGCGGUGACGUGGAGCACCUGAAGGCCUCGAGCUCUAAAGCUUCAGACACACCAGAGAUCCAGAGAGUGAAAAACAACCAGCGCAACAUCAGUGGACUCUUCUACACGUGGGACUCGCGGCUGAUGAAGGGUUUGACGUCGACGCUCAAUGACACUCCAGAGAUCCGACUGGCCCGAGAAAACGCCAAGAACACCAGUGACGUUCAGUACCGGGAGUGUGUGGGAUCGGGAACAGCCGUGACGGACACUCCUGAGAUGGAGCGGGUCCGCCGGAACCAGCAGAACAUCAGCGCCGUGCAGUACCAGCGGGGUCUGCAGGAGGUCAAAGGUCACUCGUGCUCAGAGCUGGACACGCCCGAGAUGAGGCGUGUGCGCAAGUCUCAGGAAUCCGUUUCCAUGGCCAAAUAUCACGAGGAGUUCGAGCGCACGCGGGGUCGCGGCGCCACACACACCCUGGAUGUGCAGCACAUGGCGCGUCUCCAUGGAGACCAGGUGCGAGGCGGUUACCAUGGAGACCAGGUGCGAGGCGGUUACCAUGGAGACCAGGUUGGAGGUGGUUGCCAUGGCGUCCAGCCGCAGGUGGUGGAGAUGGACCGCAGGGCAGGAGGAGCCGCUGAGAUGAGGGUCUGGAGGACUGAUCCGGGAUCCAUCUUUGACUUUGACCCGGUGGAGGACAACAUUCAGUCUAAAAGCCUUCGCAGGAUGACCGAGCGUGGCCCGCAGUCGGUGUGCAGCUCUCUGGGUUCAGAGCUCUGGGCCGAUCGCAGUGCGUCCGUGUGCAGCAGAUCCAGUUCAGGUGUUUACCAGCAUCAAUCCCAUCAUCCUCAGCAGCUCCAGCCAGGAUACGGACACACACAGGCCGUUCGCAGCGUUCAGUCUCCGCCACACGCCGCCAGCAUGAGAGUGUAUCGGGCGCUGUACGAUUACGCCGCUCAGGAUCACGACGAGGUUUCCUUCCGUGACGGAGACGUGAUCAUUAACGCUCAGCACAUCGACGAGGGAUGGAUGUUCGGGACCGUGCAGCGGACGGGCAAAUCCGGCAUGCUCCCCGCCAACUACGUGCAGAGCUUCAACUGAGAGCCACACACACACACACACACACACACACUCACUCACUCACUCACUCACUCACACACGCGUGUCUUCACACACUAACCUACUGUAUAUUCCUCUCUUGGUGAAGAGGAAGUGAUGUCAUCAGCGGUCAGACGGAUUAAACACACAUGCUGAUCA